AUGAGCUCCACAGCAACAGUCACCGAAACCGUCGCGCCGGCACACGUCGUGAUCACCGCAGACAAUGUCGCGACUCUCUUCCCUGACGUUGACACUUCUCUCGCGCACCAAACGCUGCCAACAGCGAAUGGCGAUUCUUCCACGAGAGAGGGGGGUGAUCUUGAAGGCUACGACGAGGAGCAAGUUCGUUUGAUGGAGGAGGUUUGCAUUGUUCUUGACAAUGAUGACAAGCCAAUCGGUAGUGCAAGCAAGAAGACCUGCCAUCUUAUGACAAACAUUGAUCGGGGACUCCUUCAUCGUGCUUUUUCGGUUUUCCUCUUCGACUCCAACAAUCGUCUAUUACUCCAGCAGAGAGCCGCCGAGAAAAUUACUUUCCCCGACCUAUGGACAAACACCUGCUGCUCGCAUCCGCUCGGUAUUGCCGGUGAAACAGGCGCAGAACUAUCCGCCGCAGUCGAAGGCGUGAAGAGAGCCGCUCAGCGAAAACUCGACCAGGAAUUGGGAAUCAAGGCACAGCAGGUCCCGCUUGACAAAUUCGAUUUUUUGACGCGAAUUCAUUACCUUGCUCCUAGUGAUGGGAAAUGGGGAGAGCAUGAAAUUGACUACAUCCUCUUCAUUCAGGCGGAUGUCGACGUCAAUCCAAACCCAAAUGAGGUCCAAGAUAUCAAAUACGUCACCCCAGAUGAGCUCAAGAGCAUGUUUAAUGAUCCAGCGCUGAAGUUUACCCCGUGGUUCAAGCUGAUCUGUAAUUCGAUGCUUUUCGAAUGGUGGAGUCAUUUCGGUGCCUCCACCUUUGAGAAAUUCAAGGGAGAGAAAGAUAUUCGCCGCAUGUGA